CUUUGAGUUGAGAAAUUUUUAAUUUUUAAAGACGAGAAUGCCGGGAGAUUCCUCAACCGAACAUGAAACUGAAGAUGAUUCAGCUUUCAUCGAGAUCGACCCAACUGGAAGAUAUGGUCGGUAUGAUGAGAUGUUAGGAAAGGGGGCAUUCAAAACAGUCUAUAGAGCUUUUGAUGAAUUGGAAGGGAUUGAAGUAGCUUGGAAUCAAGUUCGGGUGGCUGACCUCUUGAAGAAUUCGGAGGACUUGGAACGUCUCUAUUCCGAAGUCCAUUUGCUCAAGACUCUGAAGCACAAGAGUAUAAUAAAGUUUUACAACUCAUGGGUUGACACCAAACACAAGAAUAUCAACUUCAUCACUGAGAUUUUCACUUCAGGAACAUUACGCCAGUACCGUAAGAAACACAAGCAUGUUGAUUUGAGAGCAUUGAAAAAUUGGUCAAGGCAGAUAUUGGAGGGCCUUCUCUAUCUCCACAGUCACGACCCGCCAGUUAUUCACCGGGACUUGAAGUGCGAUAAUAUUUUUGUUAAUGGAAACCAAGGUGAAGUGAAAAUUGGUGACCUUGGAUUGGCUGCCAUUCUUCGCCAGGCUUGCUCAGCUCACAGUGUCAUUGGGACUCCGGAGUUCAUGGCACCAGAACUUUAUGAGGAGGAAUAUAAUGAGCUUGUGGAUAUCUAUUCCUUUGGAAUGUGUUUGUUGGAGUUGGUGACCUUUGAAUAUCCUUAUGUUGAAUGCACCAAUGCAGCUCAGAUAUACAAGAAAGUGACAUCGGGAAUCAGGCCCGCAUCAUUGGUGAAGGUAAAGAACCCUGAAGUAAAACAAUUCAUAGAAAAAUGUAUUGCAGAUGUUUCUGAGAGGUUGUCUGCGAGAGAGCUUUUGAUGGAUCCUUUUCUACUAUCAGAUGAGGAGAAUGAAAUUGUUGUUCAAUCUUUACCAUCAACUCCCUCUCAGUCAGUUGUGAAAGAUGAAGCACCUGAAGAAAGCCGAGACUUUAUGGUGAAAAGUCAAAGAAAAGAUGUCAACACAAUAUUCCUAAAACUAGGCAUUGCUGAUUCUACAGGUCACGUUCGAAAUAUUCACUUUCCAUUUGAUAUUGAGGUGGAUACUGCAUUUAGUGUUGCUAGUGAAAUGGUUCAGGAGUUGGACUUGACAGACCAAGAUGUUACAACCAUUGCUGAGAUGAUUGAUGCCGAAAUCCGCGCCCAUAUCCCUGAGUGGACACCUAGAGAAAUUUCUGGAGAUAAUAUGCAUGGGGAGGUCGCAAUUUGUGAUAAUUGCGAGUCAGAAAGUAAAGAUGAGGUAUCCCCAUUGACGAGUGAGUCCAGCCUCUCUUCAGGUCGUUUAGUUCUGGAUCGACUUCCUUCAGGACGCAAAUACUGGUCAGAUACCCCCAAGGGACUUAGCGGAAGCCCUCAAGCUCGGCCUUCAUUUUCUAACUUGUCUUCUCAGAUAAAUUUGAAGACCAGUGAUGAGUUGGGUGAAGAUAUUGAGGAUUCAUUAUGCGAAGACAAAAGUGAAGGAGAUUAUCCAAAUGGCAUUGCUUCACCCAAACAGCAAGAAGAAACAUCACUUCUGAUUCCUGGAACUGAAUACAACUUGAAAACUGAACCACAUAAUGAAUCUUCAUUUGAUGAGAAUACGCAAGAAAAUAGGGAAGUUGAUGCUGCUCAUGUUAAUUCACGGUUGCCUGAUAAUCAAAAUGGGGGAAGCACUAGUGUGCAUCUACCAGUGGCGAAUUGUGAAGUGUUGAUGGAAGUGGAGUCAGAAGAUGUCAGAGUCGUUGUGGAGAAACUGGAGCACCUAUUGGUUAUGCAGCAAAAGGAGUUAUAUGAAUUAAAGAGAAAGCAUGAUUUAGCAAUAUCAAAUCUUGUAAAGAAAUUGCCUCCAGAAACUCGUAACAAAGUGUCAUCUAUUUAUCAUUCGAAAGUUUCUAAUUUCAGGGCACACAGUGAGUCUCAUGAGGUGGACAAUUUUCUAAAUGCAACCAUCUCCAACAAUUGUAUUGAGCAGGGCGAGAUUACGGGUAUGCCAGAAAGCUCAAACAAUGUUCACAUUGUUGGAAGAGUCAAGAGGCAGGAUUCUCUAUGAAAAGAUCAUGCUGGUGAAAAGGUUUCUAGAGAUAGGUCCAAUAUGUUGGAGGGAAAUUCUAGAUCUUUUGAUACGGGUAUUGCUGUCAUUUUGAGUGAUGCUUCCUCCUCAUAGUUCAGGUGAUCUCAUGCUCUGAGUAUUGGUUAACAAAUUCAGAUGAACUUGAGCAUGACAGGAGCAACUCCAUGACUGCAUGUUAUUCACACAAAUUCUAUGAUGCCUUAGAAGGCGGAUUCUGUCUGAUGUAGCCUACAGACAUCGUAAAAGUGUCAAUGGUUUAAAGAUCGGAUAGAGCUGAUCCGAUCCAACACAUGAUCCUAAGUUUGUCCAGACUAGAAAGAAAUUGGUUUCCUUUUCAUACUCUGGUUGGUUGACUUGUAUAUCCAUAGAUCAACUUGGCCCAUAAAUGGGUAGAAUGUACAAUGUACAGAAGGUUGUUUUUAUGCAAUUUGACUGCAUUUGGGGUUUCCAUCUU